GCGCUAAAUUGGGGCAAUAGCAGCGCACUUCGGCUAAAUUCGACACGUUUUGAAGGAUUCUGGACCUUUCACUGCGUGAUAACUGCUCACGAGAUCGCCAAGACCCCGCACCACCUGUGGAGCCAAGCUGCUGGCAGUGCCUGUUUGCUGCCAGCUCGCGUUCGCUGCGAAAGGCUGCGCACGACAGAGGGCUGCCAAGCAGCCAUGGCCGGCUGGGACGACACGCCGCCGACAAAGACGGACAAGGACGCCCAGGCGUCGCACUUCGCGUUCAACCAGUUCAGCGCCGCCUUUGCCACGGACGCACCGAUCAGCGCAUCCAAAUUUGGACGAGAGAAGCGGAGCUUCGACGAUUGGAGCGCGCCGCCGGUCUACGCGCUGGACGAGCACGCGAGCAACAAGCCUACGUUGUUCGUCGGCAACCUGAGCUGGACGAUCACGUCCGAGGCGCUCUUCGCGCGGCUCGGGGGCAUCGGCUCCGUCGUCGCCUGCGAGGUCAAGCGCAACGGCCGGGGCCAGUCCAAGGGCUUCGCGCUGGCGACGUUCCAGUCCGAGGAGGCGGCGCAGCGGGCCAUCGCCGAGUUCCACGGCGCCGUCCUCGAGGGCCGGCGGCUCGUGGUCCGGCCGGACCAGAGCGAGGGCGACCGGCAGCGCGCGGCCCUCGGCCUUCCACGGCCGUCCGCGGUGGCGCCGUCGGCGCGCAUCUUCGUGGGAAAUGUACCCUUCGCGACGACGCAAGAGGAGUUCGCGCGCGUCUUCGAGGACGCGGGCGUGGGGGCGCGGCGCGCGGCGCUCGCCGUCGACGCGUCGGGCCAGUCGCGCGGCUACGGGCUCGUGCGCUUCAAGAACGCCGAGGCCGCGGAAAAGGCGCUGGCCGCGCUGGAGGGCCUCGAGAUCGGCGGCCGGCCCGCGCGGUGCAAAGUUGACGAGCGGCCGGACGACGAUGCCGCGCGCGCGGCCGCCGCGGCCGCGGCCGCCAAGGCGCGGCUCGACGGUAGUCCCUCGUGA